AUGGUGACCGCUACUCUGCAAGACGGCCAAUCCGGGUUGCCGAGCCCGCGAAGCACCAAGUCGUUUUGGCAUCGCGAUCCGUCAUAUGUGCUUCUGGGCCGCCGAUCAACACCGGAGCUCCCCGCGACGGCAGAUGUCGUCAUCGUGGGCAGCGGGAUCACGGGGGCUUUUGCUGCGCGGGAGCUGGUUGCCGGGGGGAGGUCGGUGGUGAUGCUGGAGGCGAGGGAAGCUUGCUGGGGGGCUACGGGAAGGAAUGGAGGCCAUUGUCAGCCCAUGAUUUACGGUAGGGAGCCACAGGUUGCGCGCUUUGAGCUUGAGACGUAUCGCUUCUUGGAGGACAUUGUCACCAAGUUCAACGUGCCGUGCGACUGGAGGAGGGUUGGCGGUGUUCAUGCCUUGCCCACGGACGAGUUUGUCGAGCUCGUGGCCAAGAGGAUUGAGAAUAUCAACAAGCAUUAUCCCGAUUUGGCUGGCAAGGCGGAGUUGUUCACGAAGCCCGAGGACCUCAAGGCGCUGAGAGUGCCUAAUGCUCGGGGAGCCGUGCUGCAGCCGUAUGCUGCAAAGUGCUGGCCGUAUAAGCUAGUUGCCUGGGUCCUGGAGGCGUUGUUCACGCAGCAGUCGACGGAGGUGUUUAAUCUCCAGACGACGACGCCGGUGACGCAUGUGCACAAGGCAGAGGGGCUGGACUCGUGGGUGGUCCACACGCCAAGGGGACAGGUUGUGGCAAAGGAGGUGCUUCUCGCGACGAACGGGUACACGUCUCACCUGCUGCCCAGGAUGACGGGGUUGAUUGUGCCCGUCAGGGGGCAGGUUUCCGCGCUGGAGCCGCCGGACAGGAACGUGAUGCUGGAGCACAGUCACGUUUGGCUUGCGGAGGACAGCGACAAUUACCUGAUCGAGAGGGACGAUCCGCUGGAGAUGAUUGUCGUGGGGGGCGAGAGGUUGAGCGUGCCUGAUGGAGGGGAGGGAGUGUGGAAGGACGACGAGAUUGACGACGAGGUGGCGGAGCGGCUACGACGGUCGCUUCGUCCCGCGCUGAAGCUGCGGCAAGAGGGCGAGAAGGAGGAGGAGGAGCUGAGGCCGCGGUAUCAGUGGACGGGCAUCAUGGGGUAUUCCGCAGACGGGAGUCCCUUUGUCGGGGGCGUCCCCGAGGAGCUUGGUGGUGGCGCUGGGCUGUGGAUUUGCGCUGGGUAUACCGGGCACGGGAUGCCCGUGGCGGCGAGAUGCGCCGUUGCCGUCUCGCAGAUGAUUCUGGGACGGCAGGGAGAGGUUGGGAGCGUGGAGGUGCCGGAGGAAUGGGGAGUGACGGCGGAUAGGGCAGAGAGGGCCAGGGGGAGGGAGUUGGCGAGGAGUGUGAUGGAUGAGUUUAGGACGGAGAUGAGAGCGUUGGUUGAGAAGGGGUUGUGA